AUGAUUCCUAAAGUUGUUGGUUAUGCAGCAUUUUAAUCGUAUGGAGAUCUGCCAUACCCUUCUCUUAAAGCUGGCAAAAGGACAUUAGACUCUAAUGAAGUAUGGGAGCAAAGUAAGUUUGAUUACAACAAUAACUUAGCUGUUAGAAAUGAAGACAAAGAGAGCUUUUAUAAGAAUUCCAACUAUCAUUACUCGAACAAAUAAGUUUCACUUGAUUCUACUGUAUAACCUCCGCAUUAUAAGAAUGUAUAUAAGGCCAAUAAAGUAAGGAAAUAAUCCUCUAAAUUAUUUAUAGGCACAAUUGGAGAGUGCAACUUCUAGCAAUUUUUUCUAAAAAACAGGGAAUUCAGCAAUAACUCCAGAGAAUCCUCUACUCAAGACUGGUUGUGAGCAUUGGAAAUCUACAUAUUAAGCAUCAAUAGUGGAUCCUUAUGCAAAAAAUAGAGCAAUCCCUCCUGAAUGGAGUUAAAAUAGACCUCCAUAUGUGGUGGAAACGUAUUAUAUAUAGAAAAUUAUGAUAGGAAAGUUGGACCAUCUGAAUAUAAGAAAUAGUAUGGGUAAAUAGGAGAGAAUCCCAGAGAGAGAUUAAAUGAAUUAGAUGAAACUCAUCCAAGAACAUUUGAUGAAUUGAGACUAGGAACUUCAUAAGAAGCAUAGCAUGUACCUGGAUAUACAGGAUUCAUACCAUCAAUUAUUACUAAUUCUAAAGCUAUUGAACAUGGAAGUGGAAGUGAACCAAGAACAGAUUUUAUGAAAACUAAUUUAAAAGAGAAUUAGUAUAACAAUUCAUCAUAAUAAUAGUCAUACUAAAAUACCAGGAUAUGCUGGUCAUGUUCCAAGAUCUGUAGUCAAUCAAAGAGACUAGCCAAGAUAAUCCUGUUUUAGCAAUUGAUAC